UUGGAGUAUUUUGUUUGGAUGCUAAUCAUACCAGCGCUUGGCGGAGCAAUCGUAUUUGUAGCUGCCAUUAUAUACACUCUCGGAGACACUUACAGUAAAUGGUACAAAGCGUGCGAAAAAACGACUUGACCAUGUGCGCCACCUGCGAAGACUUGCCCAACUGCAAAUUCGGUAAUUUCAACAAAUUCUGCGAGUUGUUCCUGUGGACAUUCGUGUUUGACAACUACCUGACAGCAGCCUUUGCCGUCUUAAUGUCAUUUUGGGCAAUUUUCUUCAUUAAUCUCUGGCGUAGAAAAGAGAACAAGUUAAAAUUACGAUGGAACACAAACAUCGAAGAUUUCGAUACAGAAAACAGGGCAGUUUUCGAAGAUUCGGCAAAAAGCAAAAGAAGAAACACCAUUACCGGAGAGCUAGAGCCUCACAUUCCGAAAAUAAAUAUUUUUUUUCGAUAUGCCGUCACUCUGUCCACCUGCGGUAUUUUGAUCGGGAUUAUUUUCCUUACAGUACUGGUUAUAACAGCUUUCAAAGUGAUAUUUGCAAGGUACUGUGACGCAUCUGAAACUAAAUUCCUUUUAUACCACUCCAAAAUACUUACGAUGUUACUGGGAUCAGCCAUGCAAGUGUUCUGUAUCAAAAUGUUUGAAAAGAUUUAUGGACCUCUCUCUAUUGAACUCACAAAGUACGAGAACCCAAGAACCCAGCAAGCCUUUGACAACUCGGUACUGUACAAGAGGUACUUGCUCAGUUUCAUCAACAACUAUACUCCCCUGUUCUAUCUGGCUUUUAUGAAAGGAAAAUUGUACACGGUGCCUCACGAAAUCAACUUUUUUCGAAGGGAUGCGUGCAUGCCGGCAAAUUGCGUCUUAGCACUCUGUAUACAAAUGGCGUUUCUCAUGACGCUUAAAGACCUUUUGGGGAAUGUAUGCAGUCUAAUAUUUUUUCAGAUCAGAAAACUUAUUAACUAUUUACUGAACAUUAAAGAGCCACCGCCCACAAACAUACCACAAUGGGAGGAAGAAUACUGUUUGUUUCCUACCAACCGCUACUUGCUUACCACCGAGUUUACCGAAAUGAUAAUAAAAUAUGGUUUUGUGACGUUUUUUGUGGCUGCAUUUCCCCUAGCCCCCUUAUGCGCACUGGCCAAUAAUCUACUUGAAAUGCGAUCAGACGCUUACAAGCUUGUGAUGCUCUACCGAAGACCUAUACCGCUGAUGAAGUCCGGUAUAGGAGCUUGGAACGGGGUUCUACUGAGCGUUACUUUUCUCAGCACCGCUACGAAUGCUUUCGUCAUAGCUUUUACCAGCGAUAUCGUCCCUAGACAGGUGUUCCGAUCUUACAAUCCGAGCAGUGAUUUAUCAGAGUUUCCAGUAUUAAUGCUUACAAAGUACAAAACAGUUAAGUACGACGGGUACAGCAAAUUGAAUGAUGUUCCGGAAUACUGCUAUUUCAGAGGACAGUACAGGUUCACCAAUUACUUCAAGAGGCAUGAGUUGAGCUUAUACUAUUGGAGGUACCUAACGUAUCGACUGAUAACUGUCUUUGUUUUCGAGCACGUGAUACUGGUCUGCAACGCCAUUUUGUCGUAUUCCAUACCGAAGUUUCCAGUUUCUGUGGCCCAACAUCUGGAUAAGGCCAGGCUAGAAGUUAGAGAGGCGAAACACAAAGCUUUCCAGUCGGGAGUUAACAAAGAAGGCUUGAAAAACCAAGGAAAUAUUAAAGAAUCCAUUAAACUUCACAUGGAAUAGAUAGAACUAAACCUAAAAUGAACGAAGCUGUAAAAAAGAAAAUUUUUAAUUUUAAGAGUUUUUUUUAUAAUUAAAUAUGUCAAAAGUUAUAUAUAG